AUGUCUCUUGAAACUAAUAUUUUAAACAAAACUAUAACUCGUAAAUCAGAGUUUAAACGACAUCUUCGCUCCAAUAAUCUCAAUGUCAAAAAGGCUACGAUUAGUUUUCUUGAUGGACAUGUGAAAUAUUUUCAGCGUAAAUUUAAAUGUUCUGACAUUAGUUAUAUCGAAUAUAAAUCUCGUCUUGAUGAAAUCGAAGAACUCAAAAUAAAGGCUAGACUGCUUAAUGACAAAAUCACGAGUUUGGGAAACGAAAAUGGAAUGUUACGAAAUGAAAAUACAGAUUUGCAUUCUAGUUUAUUAAGAAUAUCUGAAAUAAUUGACGAUGUGAAACCUUGGAAGGAUUUAAUAUCAAAUGAUGUAAUUCUAGAGGAGAUUUGUUUGUAUUUAUCUCCAGAAGAUUUAUUUUUUUCUCUGAUGCAAGUUGAAAAAUUAUUGUAUAAGAAAUUAUGGUUAGAUGGUACACAAACCAUGUGGAGGGUUUCUCGACAACAACAACCAAAUCAUAAUCAUUCUUGCCCCAUUCAUAUGACUGAACAGCAAUAUUGUUUUUUAAACUUUAUAUGUAAAACAUAUCAAAUUUGCAAUCAACAUGUCGAUGAUUUCGCAUUAAUCCUUGAACUAAAAAUUAAAAUUUGUAAACAUUGUCGUGAACCAGACCGUUUGACACUUGAACAAGAGAAUAAUUUUCCAUCCGAGCUCAUUUCAACAUUACAUUCAGUGGAUUACGCACAGCUUGAAGGAAGAUACUUAGAUUAUUCUGUGCGUGAAUUAUUAGCCGUGUCUCAUUUGGUUUUUUACUUGAAAAGAGAAGUAGAAGAUACCUUUAAUGAGUAUAUCGGAGUUCCUGCUAAUGAGAAACAAGAAUA